GGCGUUCUGCCAUCUUUGAUUGCGCGACAGGCCGCGGCGGCGCGAGAGGGGGCCUCUCUCGACUGGAGAAGAGCUGUCUCAGACGAGACAACGGGGGGGAAGAAAAAAAUAAAUAAAAAGAAGAGGAAGAAAAUAUUAUCAAGUAACGCCACCGGUCGGUCUGAUUUUGUAUUUUUCCCCCGCCAGGUUUUACCGGUCACGUUAAGCAAGAGAAACGUUACCGGACAGAGUCCUUCGCUUUUGGUAGAGAUUGUGAGCUUGGGAGCUCUAGCUAACCAGUGUGUAGCAUAGCAUAGCAUAGCAUAGCAUAGCGAGCUUUUGUAAUCCAACACACGUACACGCGUGCACUCAGACGGGCAAAUCGGCCUACAUAAAGUCAGCGACGGGACCGGCGGAAACAGGAGCCUGGUUCUGAGGGGUGAGACCGGAGGACCAGACUCAAUGAGUUUCCAGCGAAAUGUCAGAGAAGUCAGGGCAGAGCACCAAGGCAAAGGAUGGCAAGACCAAGUAUGCAACCCUUAGCCUCUUCAACACUUACAAGGGCAAGUCUCUGGAGACUCAGAAAACUGCAGUUGCUGCCAGACAUGGGCUCCAGAGUUUGGGCAAAGUUGCGGUCAGUCGGCGUAUGCCCCCUCCAGCCAACCUGCCCAGUCUGAAGGCUGAGAACAAAGGCAAUGACCCCAAUGUCAGCAUCGUUCCCAAGGACGGCAGUGGCUGGGCCUCGAAACAGGACCAGGCUGGAGACGAACGGCAGCAGGAGACUCCUCCCCCACAGCCAAAGCCUCCUGUCCCUCAGGUGUCUGAAAAUCCUCUGGGCAGCCGCUCCUGGGCCAAUAACAAGCAGUCCGGGCCAGUUGAUGUAGGGACUCCAAGGGUAAGCAGCCAGUUCCACCAGGAGUUCCCCAGCCUGCAAGCAGCGGGUGAGGCUGAGAAAUCAGGCGAGCAGGAGGAAGAGCCUUAUGGACCAGGCCCCAGCCUCAGACCUCAAAAUGUGGGCAGCUGGCGAGAAGGUGGGGGUAGAAACCUGAACGUGGCUUCCGGCCCUUCUGAGAUGGACAGCAAGGCUCCUGAAGAGGUAGGACUGGGUCGUGGUACACCUUCCCCAACAGGGGAUGUGGACGUGGCAGGGAAACCCUCUACUGGGGAAGGCAAGGAGAAGAGAGACACCAAAGACAAGCUUCCUGCUCCAGCCCCACAGCACAAACUCAAUGGCGGACAGCAGCCACCCGGUGGAGAACCCUCUCAGGUCCCUGCUCAGUUUAGAGGCAUGAUGCCACCUUAUAUGUUCCACGCCUACCCUCGUAUGUCUUAUGCACCUGUACAAGGAAACUUCAGGUACCCUGGGCAGCAAGAUGGAUUAAAAGGUCCAAGGCCUGGUGGAAGACCUUCCCAGCCUCCUCCACAGUCGUGGAUGCAGGAUCCAGACCGACCCUCAAUUAUUAGUGCUUCUGAACUGAAAGAGCUUGACAAUCUUGACACGGAUGCUGACGAGGGUUGGGCUGGUGCCCAGAUGGAAGUUGACUAUACAGAGAAACUGAACUUCAGUGACGAUGAGGAUAAUCAUGCAGCCAAGGAGAAAGGAGACAAUUGGGAGUGGGUAAAUAAGGUGGAACGCAUACGAUCUCGCAAUGCUGAUGCCCAGGAGAGUUGGAAAGAAGGGGGAGAGGACAGAAGUGAGCACAGGAACUCAUGGGCAGACAGUGGGGAACCUAGAGCUUCCUCACCAAUCAGUGCAACUCAAUACAACAAAACAGGACCACCUCAAGACUACCAGGCUGGACGAUCUGCAGGAACUGGUGUGGCUCGUUUGUCAAAACCUUCCACAGCCUACGCUGCUGGUGAGGAUGAUUCGGAGGCAUGGCGACAGAAGCGUAAGAAGCAGUCUGAACUUUCCGAGGCUGUGGAACGUGCUCGGCGGCGGCGUGAGGAAGAGGAAAGGCGAAUGGAGGAGCAGAGGCUGGCCGCCUGUGCUGAGAAGCUCAAACGCCUCAAUGAAAAGCUACGGCCUGCUGUUACUCCGGAGGUUGCAAAACCUACUACGCCCGUCCAGAGCAAUGAAUCAGAGGCUGAAAUAGUGCCUAGCUUGCCUGCUGAAACCUCGCCCACUCAUGCUGCUCCUGCACAGCAACCCCUCCCAUCUGUGCCCAUACCUUCUCUUGAUGGGCCAGAGCCAAGUGUGGAGGAGGAGCCGCAGUUUGUUACCAGGCAACCCAGCCCUCCGGUCCACAGGACUGUUACCGAAUCGCAGGAAGCCGAGGUGGAGGUUGCAGUAGUUGAGGAGAUACAGGUGGAAAGACAACCAAUUAGAGACUACUUUAGCCCAGAAGAGUGUAGAGUUGAAGAGCCUCCGAUGCCUCGGCUUGAUCGCGCUGUCAGUGAGGAUAUACCCCACCCACCACUGGAGAAUGAGGGUGAGGUGGGGGCCACAAUUCGUCCUUCACUCCCCUCUGGUUACUCCAAACAGUUCCAAAAAUCUCUGCCACCCCGCUUCCUAAGACAGCAGGAGCAGUUGAAGCAACAGCAGUGGCAGCAACAGCAGCAGCAGCAACAACAGACUGCUGGAGGUUCAGUGUCCCCCUCAGGGGGAUCAGUGCCCCCUCAGCAUCGCUCUCUCUAUCAGCCACUGAAUCCGCAUCAUCAACAUCUGGCCUCUAUGGGUUUUGACCCACGCUGGCUGAUGAUGCAGUCAUAUAUGGACCCACGUAUAAUGUCUGGACGCCCACCUAUGGAUAUACCUCCCAUGCAUCCAGGGAGAAUGCCUCCAAAACAGUUGGUCCGCAGAGAGCCCACUGAUAAUAGUAGUUCUGGUUCCGAUUCCUUUGAUCACCGACCAAUAAGAGAGCAUGGGAUGACCAGUGAGCCUCGAAUGGUGUGGGGAUCGGACCCUUACCCUCCGACUGAACCCUUAACUUCUCCAACACCCCCUAAAGUCCAGGAGAACUGCAAGGAGCCGCGACUGGAUGCUGGUCUGGACUUGGAAAGAGGACUAUCAUCUGUGUAUCCUCAGGAACACAGCACGCUGGAACCGAGGGGCAAGAGUGACUUUUUCAGAGACUCUUCUGAGCCUCUCUCCACCUUUAGCCAUGUUUCAGAAGAGGUGCCAGGUCUCCUGCAUACAGACAGGGCCCCCGUCAUCUCUUCCUUUGAAUCUGAGGUAGCCACUCUCUCUGGUGGAGAUGAGGUUGAGGCUAUUGGGCAGGCUGUGCUGAAGAGGACCAUCUCUCAAGGGUCAAGUCACUCUCUCAAACUGGAAGAGCCCAGGUUUGAAGGCGUUUCUGUAGUACAGAAGACGGUGGAUCUCCCUGAAGCUUCAGAACGGCUGGAGGACAGUUCCAGAAAGGAGCCCUUUGGCCAGGGACAUGUAAUUAACAUUAACCGUGCCACUCCACCUAUUGCUACAGAUGGUAUGCACAAAGCAGAUAAGCUGCCUCUACAAGCACCUGGUAAGCAGAAGGGUGAGCUGCGCUGGGGGUCUCGCGGAGGGAGAAGAGAAGGAGUUGGGGGGGAGAGGCCGGUUAGGAGGUCAGGGCCAAUAAAGAAGCCUGUCCUGCGAGACAUGAAGGAGGAGAGGGAGCAGAGGCGAGAGAAAGAGGAGCGUCAUGAGCGAGGGGAGCGAUCGAAAAAAGAAGGUCCUGCUCUCAAAAACCCCCCACCCAGUGUGGCCACCGUGUCUGAUGGCCAGAAGUUUUCUAGUGAGGGGACGAAAGAGAUCAUGGUUGGACCAGAGGAAGGAGCAGCACCUGGUGUCACCAAAGCAAGAGAGCCUCAGGCACCCAUAGGUACAACAGCCACCACCACCACCCAGGAGGAAAAACCAAGCAAACCCCCGCCCAGUGACAAGCGCCUUGAACCCAAACUACCCUCUCGAAAAGAAUCCAACCUGUCAAGAGCCAACCGCAGAGAAGAGCGGGAGAGGGAAAGAGAGCGAGAGAGGGACAGGGAGGCGGACAAGGAACAUGACUGGCCUGCUGAUGCAAACUUCAAAGGGCGGGGUCGGGGCGAGUACUACUCACGUGGGCGUAGUUAUCGAGGCAGUUACAGUGGACGAGGACGAGGUAGCCGUGGGCGUAGUCGUGUGGAGCGUGUGGAGUACUCGUACCGAGAGCCACGCUCCCGUCCCGAUCUGCUGAGCGUCUCUGGGACUGCAGGUUUCCGCUGCCGUGAGGAGAGCGAGACUCGCAGUGAAAGUUCAGAUUUUGAAGUGCUUCCUAAACGCAGGCGCAGGAGGGGGUCAGACACAGACUCUGAGAGCGAAGGCCGAGAGUCUGCUAGUGACACUGGACCUUCUGACCGCGAGCCCACUGCUAAACCUAGUAGACCCCUACGCCGUGAUCUGCCUGACCCUCGUCCUGCCACAAAAGCUGCCUCUGGGUUCGGACCCGGACACCUACCAGAUAAAUCCGGCCCUCGGGAAGAGGAGGGUCGGCCCAAACCAGGAUUUCUUCCUAAGGGAGAACCAACACGACGUGGUAGAGGAGGGCUAUACAACCGGAGAGGUGGAGGGAGAGAGCGUGCUGCCAACAGGUCUGCUCCCAUGCGUAGGCCUGCGGUGAGAGAGAGCCUGCCUUGGCCCUCCAAGCCCAUGGAGACGUUUAGGCCAGAAGAAGCCGAGGCAUCUCGCAUGGACGGCACCACCUCUGAACAGCGCUUGCCUAAACACGAAGGCAAGAAAAUAAGAGAUGCUGGCCAAAUCACUAGAGAGAGACCUCGGAGGCCAAGGCCAGCGAGACCCCCCAGGCAGGACAAACCACCACGCUUUAGAAGACUUAAAGAACGUGAAGCAGCGAUCAUAGCAGGUGAAGCAGCAACUGUUGCAGCAACACAAUCACCUGCCCCAGUGUCUGAAUCUAUGUCUGCAGCAGUGUCCAAAGCUCCAGGAAUGCCUGUCACCCUCCCUGAAGGUCCUGCUAUAGCAGCACCUAUUACCACUGCCACCACUCCUGCCGAGGUUCCUGUAACAGAGGCGGUACUUCCUGAGACGGGAACCACCACAGUGGUUGCUGCUGGCAGCAAAUCCCCGGACUUGUCUAACCAGAACUCUUCAGACCAGGCCAACGAGGAGUGGGAGACCGCUUCUGAAAGUAGUGACUUUAAUGAGCGGAGGGAACGAGAAGAGCGAAAGGGUGCACUUGAUGCAGUGGUCGCUGUUACAGCAUCUUCAUCUGCACCCCCCCAAUCCACGGGAGGUCAAAGCAAGUCUCCUGCCGAGGCAGGACUAACUCCGAAACGUGAGGCAGUCCCUGUAGCCAAGAGGAGCUUCUCCAGUCAAAGGCCAGGAGACAGACAAAACCGCAGGACUAACACUGGCGCAAAGGCUGGCAGAGGGUACGCAGGGGGCAAGGGUGAGCGCAGAGGAGGCUCCGGAGCGAAAUCUGGACGCAGGGGUGCUGCAGCUCAGAGUGCGGAUGCUGCCCAGACUGGAGCAGGUCAGAAGUCCAGUAGAGAGCCAGCUCCUGGCCGGCGUAAAGAGGAGUCCAGGCAACCCGUUAAGAAACCUAAGGAGAAGGAGAACGCACUAUCCCAGUUUGACCUUAACAACUAUGCCAGCGUGGUAAUCAUUGAUGAUCAUCCAGAGGUGACGACCUUGGAGGAUCCACAGUCCAACACUAAUGAUGAUGGCUUCACAGAGGUUGUGUCUCGAAAGCAGCAGAAGCGUCUGCAGGAUGAGGAAAGGAGAAAGAAGGAGGAGCAGACUGUGCAGAACUGGGGUAAAAAGAGCUCAGGGGAAAAGGGCAGGGGUGGAGGUGGAUCCAAGCUGCCACCAAGGUUUGCCAGAAAACAGCAACAGCAGCAGACAUCAGCUGCAUCCGCAGCCCAUCAGACUCAGACCUCUUCUCAGUCAGCUCAUCAGUCUCAACCACAGCCAUCAAUCUCUGUCUCCCAACAUAGCCUUUCUGCUCAGACCCAGACAACUGCCUCCUCGCAGCCUCUAGAGGGUACUGUGGCCCCUCUGCCCCCUGCAUCUGUCGACUUCUCCACUAAAACCCAGGCACACAGCACUCUGGGUACCGAGCUGUGGGAGAAUAAAGUGGCUGGCUCCACUGUCCUCACUGAUGUCAAGAAACUUGGGCCCAUCAGCCCCCCUCAGCCACCCUCAGUCAGUGCCUGGAAUAAACCUCUUACCUCUUUUGCUGGGACCGUGACCUCUGAAGGUGUGAAGGCAACAACGGACAGUGGUGUUGAGCUCGGCAUGGAGCGUAUCCAAUUUGGCGCUCCCUCUUCAGCAGGUAGUACGGACAGUGAUGGAGCACCAGCUAUGUUGGAGAAAACCUCUGAUAAUAAACUACCCGAACCCAAAGAACAGAGACAGAAACAACCCCGUGCUGGACCCAUCAAAGCGCAAAAGCUGCCUGACAUGGCUGUUCCUGAGCCGAAGGAGUACAAGCCUGGCCCGAUCGGUAAGGAACGCUCACUAAAGAACCGCAAGGCCAAAGAUGUACGCCAGUCAGAAGGAGAUGGAUUGGAGAAGGGUGGUCCUGUUGGUAGCAGGGACAGGGACUCCAGUUCUCCUGCUCAAGACAAAGUUCCUGAACUAGGAGGCGAUAUUGAAGGCAUGAUCACAGUCCCCUCAGCUGAGUAUUCAAGCAGUUCCAAGGAAUCUGUGACUGACUACACUACCCCGUCCUCCUCACUGGCUGACACUGUGCCUACUGGAGGAAGCAAGAUUGAGGAGAGCCUAGUUGCUAAUGUGGCACUCCCUCCCUCACUUCCACUGCCUCGUAGAGAAACCCUACAGCAGAGCACGAGCCUGAGCACAGUUUCUCCUGCUACGGUGGACCUCACACUGAAGAUGGAGUCAGCUCGUAAGGCAUGGGAGAAUUCCCCAAGUCUGGUAGAGAAGAGCUCUCCUGUCACCUCCUCUGCUUCCCCAAUUACCAGCGGAGGAGGUGCGGGCAAUGCCUCUUUCAGCUCCUUCUCCAGUGCCUCCAUGCCUCAGAUACCUGUUGCUUCAGUGACACCUAGCACCUCGUUGUCAGGUUCAUCCACUUACACCACAUCAUCGUUGAGCACCAAGACCACAUCUGCUUCAGACCCUCCCAACAUCUGUAAGGUGAAACCACAGCAGCUGCAGAGUUCAGGAAUGUCCACCAGCAACUUCUCCCAGCUUGGUUGUGUACCUCCUAUGUUACCACAGCAGCAGACCCCACAGGUCUUCGUCUCCCAGUCUGCAGCAGGUUCUGCUGCACAAAUCCCAGCCUUCUAUAUGGACACCAGUCAUCUGUUUAGCACACCCCAUCCUCGCCUGCCUCCUCCCUCCAUGGCCCAGCAACAAGGCUUUCAGCCUGGCCUCUCACAGCCUACAGCAGUGCAGCAGAUUCCUAUCCCAAUAUACGCCCCUCUCCAGGGUCAGCCACAGCACCAGGCUCAGCUCGGCCUCAGCACCGGCCCUCCUGUCUCUCAGCCACAAGAUCUCUUCAGCUCCUCCAUACAACCCUAUAGGUCUCAACAGGCGUUCAUGCAGAACAGCUUGUCCCAGCCAUCUCCCAUGAUGUUAUCAGGGACAACGCUGCACAGCUACCCUGGAGUGCAGCCCCCUGAUCUGGGUAAGCCCCAGUCCAGCCUGGCCUUCCAGCAAACCUCCAACACGCAGCACAUCCCCAUCCUGUUUGAACCACAGCUCAACCAGCCCUCUGGAAUCGGUGGCUCCCAGCUUAUAGAUACACACAUCCUGCAGCGCCAGGGCAUGAGUCAGCAUUCAAAUUUGUACUCUGGACAAGUGCAGCAGCAUACACAGAACAGUUACUACAGCUCGACACAGAGCCCCAGCUCUGCACUACAACAGGUGACUGUCCCCAUGCCUGGCUCUCAGCUGUCAUUGCCUAGCUAUGGCUCUGGUGGGGGUCAGCCUCUGCUGGCCCUGCCCCAGUCUCUGCCCCCUACCCCACCUCAGGCUCAGCCACCCAACAUGAACCGCCAGCCCCCAAGCAGCCAGCCAUACCGUGGCCUCAUUGGCCAGAACACACACAACAUGAUGCAGCCUUCCAACAAGAUGUGUGAUAUGGACAUAAAGCUCUUUGGCACUGGGAUGGAUGUGAAACCUGGAACUCCCCCAGUCAGUGCAAGAAGCACGACCCCUACCUCAAGUCCUUACAGGGCGAGCUCCACAAGCCCAAGCAGUCAGUCUAGUAAGAUGAACAGCAUGUUGUAUCCCAAACAGUUUCAGUCUGCAUCACAAGGCAUGCGAAUCCCACAGCACUUCCCUGGACAGUUCAACCCGCAGAUGUUGUCUCAGCCCAACAUGGUGUCUCCCCUGGUUCGUCCCCCACAUGCUAACUCUUUUCCUGGGGGGGUGCAACGAACCCCCAUGGGUCCGCCCAUGUCCCCCAACCUUAGUGGGGGGCUGAUGCCACACCCCAGACCCCAGCACCCUCCCAGAGGCCCCUCUAUGCCACCUCUAGCACCCCGUGGCACACAUGCAGCUCUUAAGGCUGAGCAGGACCUUAAGGCAAAACAGAGAGCAGAGGUACUACAGUCGACUCAUAAGUUCUUCUCUGAGCAGCAGCAGCAGAUGAAGACUUCAGCUGCUAAGUCUGCUCGUAUGGAUGGAGCAGGCAAGUCCAUUGACAGUGUCGCUCCAAACCACCAGGGGGCUCCACAAGACCGUACCGAGCCUGACAAACCCGCACCCCUUGCUGCGACCAAGCCUAUCCGCACAGGUCCCAUCAAGCCCCAGGCCAUCAAACCGGAGGAGAGCAAGUAAACCAGCGUCACCUCCAACAGGACUGACGCAUGGAUUGAUUCAGUGAUUUGACAGGGGAUAAUUGUUAGAGGGGAAGAGGUAGUUUGAGUUGUGGAGAGGAGAUUGGGAUUGCUGGGUGAACUGUAGCGUGUAAUUUAAGCUAUAAUGUGUGUGGAUCACUCACCUUUGCCCUGCCUCUCUUCUGCUCCACCACCCACUGAUCUCCUGUUCUCUCCAUAGUGGAGAGAUGUCUCCUUUUUUUUUUUUUUUUUUUUUUUUUUUUUUUCUCUCCUUUUUUUUUUUCCAACGGACGUAAAAAAAAAGUAGAACAUAAAUGACUGUACAUCUCUAAUGUACAAUGAAGGUAUAAAGCGAAAUGAGAAUUUAAUUUGCUGCUGGGUGCACCAUUUUUUUUAAUUGACCCCCCCUUUACUCGAGUAGAAUCACAUGAUAGAAGGGCAGUUAUUUCCUUUUUGUUUUUUGAAAAGUUUUGUCUGUCCCCUUUUUUUUAUUGUAGGUAAAGAGAAAUCUUUGUUUAAAAUGUUUGAUUUUCUAUUUGUUAUCUUUUUUCUUUCUUUCAAGCUUUGCGGUUUAAGCAAUUGAGAGACCUAAAUGUGCACACCUCCAUCUUUACCUGUGUAUGGCCACUGCUCAUCUUCUCUCUCUUCUUCUCCUUCUCACUAUAGUGAAGCAAUUUCUCUUGACCAAGAUGUGCGUCAAAAACAAGACAGUGCAGCUUAUAUAAAAAUGCUGAAGUGUCUUUAUGCUUUUAAUUCCCUUGAGAGAAUUGCAUGGUUAGAGUAACUGAUUGGAUAUUUUUGCUGAUGAAUUCAAUCGAUUCAUUGAUGGCUGUCCCUAUUGAGAGCCUUCCUUCGUACCUUCUUCCCUGAAUUUUUAUUAUGAUUAUUUUUCCCCCUGGUGAGCUGUGUGUAAAACAAGCGUGUUUACAAGUCUGGAAUCUUUAGUCAAAGGUUAGGCAUUAUAAGACAGCCCCUUUAUCAUACAAAAUAACUUUUUUUUUUUUUUUUUUCUCUCUCUCUCUUUUUAAAUAAACAGUUACUAGUUUACUUCAGAAUUGGUCUCGUAUGCUUCAGCGCUUCACUGUUUGCUGAAUAUGAGUGGAGGAGUUUCAAAUGUUCACACUCUUUGGCACAGUUCACAGCCAUGCUGCUGACAAUACUAGAGGAUGGAACCCCGUUCUUUCAGUCAUGGUAGAAAGGCAUCACGGAAAACUGAGCUUGGGUUUCUAUACAUAUAUGCGCAAAAUAAAGAGAACAUUUCAAAAUGUGAGGCAGCCUUUAGAAGAGUGUAAAAGGGCAGAUGGAUGGGAAAAAAAAUGAUUGAACUGUAGUUCAGAUGCAAAAAGGACUCCUUUUCUGUUGUAAUGUCCACAGGCCUCAAUCUCCUGGGCCUUUACUCUCUCCAGUCCAUUUCUUUCAGGUUGCUAAUGCAAACGGGAGGCUGCAGAUAUACAGGGGUUUAAGUGUGGCUCCCAAAUGACAAACGGGAGAGGAAGGAGUGGAGAGGGGAAUAAUUUUGUUUUUGUUUUACUUGUACAGGGGUUAAAUCGCUGUAUUAAAAUAUGUACGGUCUUAUUUACAUUGGUUUGGUUACAGAAACUAAUAAAAUAAUAUGCUGUCAAAAAUGAAAA